AUGUUUGUUCUUCGUGUGGUGGCCUUUGGAGAAUAUGCUGAUGGCCUUCAUGGUGGUGGUCUGUUUUGCUUCUGGUGGUGGUUUGGUGGCUCUCAACAUGCUUUUGGUGGUUGGUGGCUCUCUUCAUGCUUCUGGUGGUGGUUUGGUGGCUCUCAACAUGCUUUUGGUGGUUGGUGGCUCUCUUCAUGCUUGUGGUGGUGGUUUGGUGGCUCUCAACAUGCUUUUGGUGGUGGUGGCUCUCCUCAUGCUUGUGGUGGUGGUUGGUGGCUCUCUUCAUGCUCUUGGUGGUGUUGGUGGAAUAUGGUCGGGGUGUGUUUUUUUAUUAAAAAUUUAAAAAAAUAA